AUGGCCGUCGAGAUCACCGUGAGCACACUGGGUGGCCCCCUAUGCGCUGUUCACUCCCAGCCGGACUGGUUCGGUCGAGAUCUGAAGGCUGCGAUAGCCGAGCUCACCAAAACGGGUCAGAGCCGCAUGAAGCUGCUGUAUGGCAGCAGGCUCAUCCGAAACGUUGACCUGCUGACGGAGGUUCUGCCUGCAGAGGAGCCAACAGUCGAGAUCUUGCUUGUGCGGCAGUCCUACGACAUUGACUAUUGGCUGGAUGAGAUCAGCAACGACUACAAGCGGUUGCGCAAAGCACCAGAGGAGCUCAAAGCGGACCGGGAUGUGGUUCUUGCUGCUAUGGAGCAGAAUGUGCAGGCAUUCAAGUUUGCCUCUGAUGCGCUGCGAGCAGACAGAGAUGUUGCGAUGAGAGCGCUGGCAAAAGACAUCUCGCUUGUCGACUUCAUGGACAUGGAGCUUUGGGAAGACAGCGAGUUGAUGGAGGCCGUGGUCCCCUACCGCUGUCGGAUGUACAGGCAGCUCUCCAUGGAGGUGAAGAGGAACAGGCAGUUGACGAUGAAAGUCCUGGAGCAGCAAGGCGAGUGUCUGCAACACGCCCCGGCAACCCUACAGGCCGACCGUGAGAUCGUCCUCCUCGCUGCGAGGCACGUCUCCAAGAAGUCCACGUGGAACUUGUUGGGCAUGAUUGGUGCGGCCCUUCACUAUGAUAAGGAGGUGGUCAUUGCAUGCGCCGAGAACGGAUGUUCGCGUAUGUCGGAUCUGCACAUAGACCUGCAGGCCGACGAGGAGGUGCUUCGAGCCCUUGUUGCUGGAAACCCCAUGGAGCUUGAACACAUGCCAGCCUCCAUCAAAGAGGAUCGAGAGUUUGUGUUGGAGCUCCUUUCUCGGAACGGGGACGCCCUACAGUUCGCCGGUGAUUUUCGGGAUGACGGCGACUGUGUCGAGGCUGCCGUGCUGAAGACCCCGAUGAACUUGCGAUGGGCAUCCACCCGGCUUCGGGGUGACAGGGAUUUGGCUCUCAAGGCCUUGAACGCUGUCGUUCCGAUAAACUGGCAUGAGCGUGCCGCUGGUGUCGGCGUGACGCCCCUGCAGUACAUGUCCAGAGAGCUGCGAGGCGACAAGGAGUUGGUUCUACUUGCCGUGCAGCAGUAUGGUUCGGCCCUGCAGUUUGCAGAGUCAGCUCUGAGAAUGGACCGCGAGGUGGUGAUGGCUGCCAUCGGCGAGAAUCCCAUGGCGCUUGAACACGUGCUCAGCCCGGCCGACAUGCAUGGAAGCCGCCCGGUUCGGAGCAAGACAGGCAAGGCCGGCUACAAACAAAAGCAGGGCACCGAAGCUGAUUUGCUUCAAGAUGUCGAGCUGCUAGCGAAAGCCCUGAAGCGAAACUCGAGGGCUUUGGUGUUCUGCCCAAAGCACCUCCGCCAAGAGGUGCAGGAGCUGGCAGGAAAGAAGGCUUGA